AUGGUGCUUCUAGAGUGUAAGCGACUACCGAAGGAGGAGUACAGCAAGGACUACGACGCCUUUCUAGCAAGUAUGCCAGCCACCACAAACAUCGGUGAGGCCACAGAUGCCAUCCAAAAGAUGCAAAAUACACGUGUCCGGCUCACGUGGAUGAUGGCGGCCGCAAAGCAGAUGGUCAAGGAUUCGAUGGUGGACGCGGCGCAGCAGCAUUACCUCACUGGACCGAUCGGAGAUACGGAGCGUUACCUUUCAUUAGAGCGUACAGAACGGCGUCAGUUGUGUGUGCAGAGUGAGCUGGAUGCCCUCGUGGAGGCGUUCAAGGGCGGCGCGAUGAUUCUCUUUCCGGCUGAGUGUAGUGGCAGCGACGCGUGCCAGCGCUUAGCUGCGAUUCUCGACAGCGAUACAGCGUCAGACGUAGAGAAAUCGAAGGCGCACCGCAUUCUUAGCAUCAUUGACGAUGGGGCGACCAAUGAGAACAUCUUGGCUGGUCGUGCAGUGAUGUGGUGGAGUGCCAAGCCACUUGCGCGCGACGCCGACUUUGUGAAGUAUAUUGGCAAGAACGACAAGACAAAGAUUACAGUGAAGUUGGUCGCCGAAGGUAGCGCGGCACCACCGCGGGAGCCGGCCGUCGACAUCAAGGCACAGGCGGAGCUCAUGCAGCAUUUUUACCGCAAGCAAGAGGAAAUGAAGAAGCUGGUCGAGGACGACGAUAUUUCGUUCGGCAACAGUGCCUGGGCCAAUCCGCAUGGUUUGAAAAACCAGCUGCAGGGUCUGGAUUCCAUCCACUACAAGGGAGCCCACUAA